AUGCAAUGUGAUGAAAAGGACAAACCUCUCCUAACUCAGUUACUGUACUUGUGGCAGCAAAGUUCUGUUUACCCGAGUGAAGUUUUAGAAGCCCUACAUAAUAUUAUAUCGGAUCCUGAUAAUUCCAAGGUUGUGGAAGAAGCCCAGGAAAUUGUCAGUGAAUCAGUGAGUAAACAUCCUGCUAAAAAUACUGUCAUUGAUCCUGCAAUCCCUUCUUCACUUGCUGCAGAAGUACACCUAAAUGUAGAUAACUGUGUACCAAAAGUAGACAGUAUGAUGUCAGCAUCUGAGGUUAUCGAAGAGUGCACUCAGAAAAACACGAGUGCUAAGGUCCAGUUGCUACAACUACAAGCCUUACAGAAAAAAAUUGCUGAACAGUCUGCUUUACUCAAUCAGGAACAAACAAUCGAUCCUGAAGUGCUUACUCAGAUUCAUAUCCUUAUGUCAGAGUUGACCAGACGGGCUGAGACGGCUGCAGCACAACUUGCUGAUGAAAAUGCCAGCGAAGAUUUAAAUGUUAUUGAUCCGAAUCUUCUGGCACGAAUACAAUCCAUGGUUGAUACACUUGCACAUACCCGUGCACUACAGGAACAGUUAAACCAAGCACGCGCCGUAAGACAUCCCAGGCAUCAACAGCAAAAUGCGGUACGAUGUGCCAAUGGGUUAAUGGAACAACCGGAAAGUGAUGUAAACAUGCACAAGCCUACAGAAAAUCGAAACAGUUUAGUCCCUUCCGCUAAAAUAAAAGCUGAAGCGUAUGAAUCACAGACUUUACAUACCUAUGAGAGAAAAUCUCCCUGGCCUGAAAAGAACAGAGUUGCGAAUCGAAUCAAUUCAAGACAUCUGGAACCCAAGCCUUUAGAUACUGCCGCUUCUCGUGACUUCAAUCCCUCCCAUGGUUCGCGUAAACAUCACAUAUAUGAUUCCCGUCAAAUGCAUAACUUAGGUAGGGAAGAGGAGAUCGGUCACGUAGAUGAAUUUAUACAAUCAGACAACUCCUCGAUUUCCGGUCUUCACAAUGAUGCUCAAGUUUACCCAUCCAGAGAACACGUUAACCGACUUAUUCCAGAUUAUGAAGGCUGUGAUGAUUGGAAUGCUUCUUCUGGUCAAAGAGUUCGUAAAUAUACUCGAUUGGAUUCAUAUGAUGAUAGACUAGUCCCUCAUUCUCAUCGACCAAGCUUCUUCGAAUUUCAUAAACACCAGGUUUCAGAUAGUGAACAUGGUCAGUCAGAUAAUUUUCCUGAUGAUUAUUCCUCUGAAUCAUCUAUUUUGAGUCCUAUUCGUCGUCGGUUCGACGACAGCUUAUUUCAGCGUGGUUCACUAUCACCAACUGAGUCUGAUGGAAAACAUCGGGAACGACGGAGAAAACAUCUUGGUCAUCUACAUAAGCAGUUGGCAGAAAGCAGGCUUCGAACACUUUGUUCCGAAGUAACUGAAGGUCAGGUUGUCGAGUGUAAUUUUAUUCCGCCACGUGGUUGUGCUUUUGUAACAUUUGCAACUCGACGAGCGGCACAUCGAGCAGUAGUUCAAAUGAAUCAGUCUACUAUGAAUGGUAGAGAAAUCAAAGUCGCAUGGGCACCGAAUUUCGGUAUCAAAUCAAGAGAAGACUAUCUUAAUAAUUAUUGGGAUAGUGAUGAAGGCUGUACUUAUUUACCUGUAGAAGAAUUAACGAAACUUACAAGUCCUCAGUUUGAUGAACUUCUAGCUGGUUGUGGAGAAGUUGAUGAAGAAUCUCUUGUUGAUCCUAGACUAAGGGGUUUAAUCAUGAACAGUAGUAAUAACAAUAAUGAUGGUAGUAAUAAUAAUAGUAGCAAUAACACCAACAAAAUACACUCGACCAACUCUCCCAAAGUAAAGUUAACUAAGAAGGUACAGACACCAACUUCUCAGAAAUCCAGUACAAACAUUUCAACAAGUUUGGCGGUAUCCGUAUAUCCUUCUGUUGCACCGCCUGUUCCAUUGGGAUUAACUGGUUCAAUUUCAAUGCAACCUAUAAUAGUUCCCCGCUCCAUGCCCUUAAUUCUACCUUUAGCAUCAGAGCGUUAUGGUAUUAUUUUCUCAGUGAGGAAUGCUUUCUUAAUGCUGUCAAUUCUUCCUGUUUCUUUUGGAUGUUUUUGGUUGUAUUUUUGCCGAACUCAGAUUUCUAAAAGCUUCAUUAUCUAUCAAGUCGAAUGCAUUAUCUCUUUGACUAAUCUUAUUCUGCUGAUAUUUUGGUUUUGUCUUUUUGUAUUGUGCGUUUGUAUUACUGUCUUUUAUCGCCGUUCUAAUACUAACUAUCAUAGUUUAUUACAAUUGGAUUUCUACAACUCUUCGACACUGUCAUCAGAGGAUUCACAUUUUUCAGAUCAGAGUGACUAUUAUAAAGCAUUCGACACAAAUGAAUUGAACAAUCAUAAUUCAACCUUUAGUUUGGUGUUAGGUAAUGAAAUGAGGUUUAGAAUUCGUAAACUGUUUCAUUUUGCUGCCGGUAUUGUAUAUUCAUCUGGUUUACUGUACUCACCACAAUUACUUUCACUGGCUUCUGCUGCUCUACUGGUUGCAUUUUGGUGUUUUGAAUGGAUGCGAAGACGAGGGCCUAGCGAUAUUUCGUCGUAUCUUGGUUCUAUGGUCGAUCCAUUCCGUGAUAAAAGAGACUCUGGUGAUAUUUUAAUGACCCCGAUCGCUCUUCUACUUGGUCUAAGCAUUCCUCUUUGGUGGCCUCAAGGUUUACGGAGUAGCAGUAGUGAUAUUACGGUUAGCAUCGGUCAUUUAUGCUAUGAAUUUGACGUAAAGCCAACAUCAUGGUCAGGAGUACUAUCCAUAGCAAUAGGCGACAGUUUCGCUGCAUUAAUUGGAAAAGCUUAUGGUAAACGUCGUUGGCCUGGAUCACAUCGAACAUUUGUAGGAUCUUUUGCCUCCUUCUUAUCUCAGGUUGUUGCAUGGACUGGCCUCUCUUACUAUUACUCAUGGCGAUGGUAUUCAGGAAUUAUUCCUUUAUUGUUUGGAGUGCUUGUGGAAGCGUACACAGAACAGAUUGAUAAUUUAGUUGUUUCGCUUGUUGUGAUGUUAACUUUUUUGAUCAGUAAUACUGUUGCUAAUACUGGCAAUCUUUUUGAGCACUUCAUAUUUUUCUGGUGUACAUAUGAUUGUGAAAUAAAUGGUGAGAGUUAUGGUGAAUUGUACGGCUACAAAACUACUAAGCACGGUCUUUUACAUCGAGAUGCAGCUAACACAUUAAGGAAUUUUGGUGGAAGUGGCAAGCAUCGUCGAUCGGAAAAGCCUCUAAUAAGUGUGCUCAGCGACUUCCAUUUAGUUUCAUCCAUCUUGGACGUUGAUAUCAUACCUUGGACAUUAAGAAGAGUUCAUCUAGUACGAACACCUGGUAAACAAUUUGGUCUGCACAUCCGUACUGGUGCAAUUCAAUAUUACACUAAAAAUGGAUAUGAAACGGUUCCAGCAUUUUUCAUAUCACGUUUAACCGAGGAUGGAAUAGCACAUAACACUGGACUAUUGGCAGUAAAUGAUGAGAUAAUUGAAGUGAAUGGUAUUGAAGUGUACGGGAAAUCACUGGAUCAAGUAAAUGAUAUGAUGGUUGCAAAUAGCUCAAAUCUUAUCAUUACUAUUCGACCAGCUGAUCAGAGUAUGUGUUUACCUCCUCGAGAAAUUUCACGUUCUCGUUUCUCUCAAAAUUCUGACCUACUAUAUGGUCCACGAAAGAAUAUAUCACAAGUGGAACGGAAUACAUCUUUGGCAACUUACUCCCAAUCCUCAUCAAAAUAUAUUCCGCCUUCAUCAUCCCGUUUAUUUGCUACAAAUACUCUAUCCACUGUUGAUACUCAAUUAUCAUCCAGAGGUGCUUUACACAAUGGUGGUGAUGUUGGUGACUCAACAAUUCAAGUCAAUGAAGAGGUUGAAAGUGAUGAUGAUAUGAAUGUUGGUUUAAUCACAAUCUAG